AGCAGACUGAAAGCAGUCAUAGUUUGUACUUAAUUAUAAGUAUUUUGUAAAUUGAAAAGAAAUAUUCAGCAACAAUUCUGUAUAAUCAGGACUGUUUCUCGCUGAUGAAUCAGUUAUUCUGUUCUGGUUUGGUUUAGUUUUUUUGUAUUACAGUCUACUCAGUGUUCAGUGAGGAUAAAUACAUUUACAAGUGACCAAGACAAUCUAUUAAUAUAUUUACAAGAGUUUUUAAAAAUAAAAAAAUAAGUACAAAAUGAUUUAUAGCUCUUUGAUGGAUAUAGACAGAAACUACAGAUAUGGAAGGAAAGUAGAUGAAUUAGAAGAUAAAAUAAGAUGGAAAAUUGGGGUGGAAGAGAGGCCAGAUGAUGGUGACAGAGGAUCUGAUGGAUAGGGAUCUGGAGGAGGAGAUAGUGAAGGAGAAAAGGCAAGGGACAGAGCUUGGCCCGGUCACUUCCGGCUUCUGCGGAAGAGAGCAGGGCUGACUGCAACACAGGACACCAACUGGAGGAGCACCCAAGGUGUCGAAGGAUGUCCCUACUAUGUCUAACAGUGUAUUUCAUUUUGUUUGCCUCGGUUUCUGGUGAAUGCCUAACUAAGCUAUUCAAAGACACCAACUUUGAAGGAGGAGACAUUGAUACUGUUUUUACACCAAGUGCCAAAUAUUGCCAGGUGGUCUGCACACAUCACCCGAGAUGUUUGCUCUUCACUUUUAUGGCUGAAUCAUCAUCUGAAGAUCCUACGAAAUGGUUUACUUGCAUCCUGAAAGACAGUGUCACAGAAACUUUGCCUAUGGUGAAUAUGACAGGAGCAAUUUCUGGAUAUUCUUUCAAGCAAUGCCCACACCAAUUAAAUGCUUGCAACAAAAAUGUUUAUGUGGGCCUAGACAUGAAAGGCAUGAACUAUAAUGGCUCUGUUGCUGGGAGUGCUCAGGAAUGUCAACAAAGGUGCACAAAUAACAUCCACUGUCACUUUUUCACAUAUGCAACAAGGCAUUUUCCCAGCAUAGAGCAUCGGAACUUUUGUCUGUUGAAGCACAGCCAAACAGGAACACCAACCAGUAUAAGAAUGCUCAACAAUGUGGUAUCUGGAUUUUCACUGAAAUCCUGUGCACUUUCAGAGCUGGCUUGUAUUAGGGACAUGUUCCCUAAUACAGUGUUUGCAGACAGUAACAUCCAGAGUGUUUUGGCUCCAGAUGCUUUUGUCUGUCGCCGCAUUUGUACUCAUCAUCCCAGUUGUUUGUUUUUUACCUUCUUUUCUCAAGAAUGGUCAAAAGAAUCUCAAAGAAACCUUUGCCUCCUUAAAACAUCUGAAAGUGGAAUACCAACUACACGGAUAGAAAAGAACAAAGCUAUCUCUGGUUUUAGUCUACAAAACUGCAGGCACAGUAUCCCAGUAUUCUGUCACUCUUCUUUUUACCGUGACACUGAUUUCUUGGGAGAGGAACUGGACAUUGUUCAUGUGAGCGGUCAUGAAGCCUGCCAGAAGAUGUGCACCAAUGCCAUCCGCUGCCAGUUUUUUACCUAUGCACCACCUCAAGAAUCUUGCAAUGAAAGGAAGGGAAACUGUUACUUAAAACUUUCUUCAAAUGGAUCUCCAACUAAAAUACUUCACGGGAGAGGAGGCAUCUCUGGAUAUACAUUAAGGCUAUGCAAAAUGGAUAAUAUAUGCACAACCAAAAUCAAGCCCAGGAUUGUAGGAGGAACUGUGUCUGUUCGUGGCGAGUGGCCAUGGCAGGUAACCCUGCACAUCACAGCACCCUCCCGGGGACACUUGUGUGGCGGAUCCAUCAUUGGCAACCAGUGGAUCGUAACAGCUGCUCACUGUUUUGAUGGGGUAGAAUCACCUAAAAUUCUGCGCAUCUAUGGUGGCAUUGUAAAUCAAUCUGAAAUAAAUGAGGAUACGCCUUUCUUUGGGGUACAAGAAAUAAUAAUUCAUGAUCAGUAUAGAAUGGUAGAAAGUGGGUAUGAUAUUGCCUUGCUCAAGCUGGAAACAAGCAUGAAUUACACAGAUUCUCAACGACCCAUAUGCCUACCUUCCAAAGGAGACAGAAAUGUAAGAUACAGUGACUGCUGGGUGACUGGAUGGGGAUACACAAAAUCAAGAGACAAUAUACAAAACACUCUCCAGAAAGCCAAGAUACCCUUGGUGUCAAAUGAAGAAUGCCAAGCAAGAUACAGAAGGCAUAAAAUAACCAGCAAGAUGAUCUGUGCAGGCUACAGUGAAGGGGGGAAGGAUGCUUGCAAGGGAGAUUCUGGGGGUCCCCUGUCCUGCAAACACAACGAAGUCUGGCAUCUGGUGGGCAUCACGAGCUGGGGUGAAGGCUGUGGUCAGAGAGGACGGCCAGGCGUUUACACCAAUGUGGUCAAAUAUGUGGACUGGAUUUUGGAGAAAACCCAAUCAGUGUGAAAGGGGUUCCAGGUCCAUUGACCCCCCAAGGGGCGAACCAGACUGUUCCAUGGAACAGGACUCUGAUUUCACUGAAGAAAACAUGGUGAUGUCACCUGUCCCCCAUAGUUACGCAUGGAAUGGGCUUGAUAUUUCUAAGGAAAUACUGAAGAAUUGUGUUCUGAAAACCCCUAUUCGAUAAGCAUGGUUUGUUUUCAGCAUCCAGUCUUGCUUUUUUAUUACACUUUUACUUAGCCAAGGAAAUCCUAUAAGGAGAUAUUUUCACAAAUUAUUACCAUGGCAUCUAUUCCAAAAAGCUAUCAAGUAAUGGCACCAAGGGACCAGGCAGAACUACUAAAAGGAACCCACUACCAAAUUUUACCAAAUAUUUGUUAAAUGAAAAGAAGGACAUGGUAAGAUAGGGAAACAAAGAGAGUCAUCAUCCAUUUGCAAGACUCUCUACUCUGCCUGUGAGAACACAUAUCUUGUGUAAAGAGAUAAUUUGACUGAAUUCAUUGACAAGCUUUCAGAAGGGUGAGCAAUUCUAGUCUUUCAGUUUUUAAUAUAAAUUUUGUAUCAGUGUGGAUACGCAUAAGCUAAAACUGAACAAAGAUUCCAGAAUUUGUAUAUGGGAGACUAGGAUCAGCAAUUUACCUAGAAGUGGUACUAUAGUACCUUAGGAGACAAAUUGUAGGGAUGCACUUGCCUAGAAAAAUAUUUGCGUGUAGAUUGUAUACUUAUUUGCAAUGCUUUAGAAAGGAGAAGGUUAACGGAGACAGGCAGAAAAGACGUCCUUACUAAGGAAAGCCGCUGCCCCAUGUGUAGCUUUACAAAGAGCUCGAUAAUAGAUGUGCUGAGAAAAAUCAAUAUAAAAUACAUCCAUGCCACAAGGAAAAAAAUCACUUUGGGAACAAAAACAGCUAUUUGUAUUCUAAACACAGAAGUUUUCCCUUUACUAGAAAUAUUUACCCAGUUUUUGUUCCAUCAUAGUACAAUAGCCUAGAAUCUGAAUUCUCUUCGCAUAAUCUUUAACCUGUGUCAAUAACUAUACAAUUCACCCAAUAUGAGAAAUAUUUAUUGAGCAAAAUUAGGUAAUAGUUUCGCACUGAGCCUUGCAGAUACUGAGGUGAGUAGAUAAAGUGUAGUUUUUUGAAGUUUAUAGUCCAGUUAAUGUGAACAACAACGAAAACAAUUGUGCAAAAAAAUAUAAUUUCAAACUUGAAUAAGUAGGCUCACAGAGUUAUCUGACAGGGAAGAAGGGUACGUUGAGCAAGUAGACAGAGAAGGGCACGGUUCUGUAGAAGAAAAAACAAAAUCAAAAUCCCCACUCCAAAAUCCCAAAGAUCAAAAUGAUUGAAAGACCAUAAAUGAGCCAUAUCCAAAACAUAUAUAGAUUCAAACAAAACUGGAGUCAAAAAUUGUAGCUCCUUAAAAUUCACAAACCACAUUAUCUCAAUAUGAGGUAAGACUUCACAUAGGAAAAGAUUAGGGCAUCAUUUCUGAAGUGAUCUUUCUGUAAAGUCUUUCCUGAAAAGUAUCUGGUAAAAGUGCACUUUUUGCUUCUUAGGAUUUAACUUUAUAUGAUGUCUUAAUAUCUGAAUAUCUAAUCUAUGCCCAUGAUUCAGAAAUUAAAACACUGUGAGAAGUUAUGAAAUAUACAAUAUGAAGAUGCUCUCCCUAACACCAAAAGACUGCUCAGCCUAUCUGUGACCUAGUGCUUUUCUUAACUUUCAAUCUUUAACAUACUUCGGAUUAGUACAGAGCGAGCCUCCUUAUCCUGCUACGGAAGCAGGGUAUUCUGUCGAGGGAUCCCACAUUUUGUUUCGUCAGUCCCUCACUGAAGGACACUGAGGUUGAUUCAGGGUUCUUCUCUUCUGCGUAUGUGCAGGCCAAUUCGUAGGACACAUUUCAGAAGCAGAAUUGCUGAAAAUGACAACAAUAGCAAAAACAACAAUGACGUAAAAGGGGACAGAGGAAUAUAUUUGCAAUUUUGAUAAACAUUGCCAAAUUUCCACUCUAAAAAUUUGUAGAAAUUUUCCCUCCCAAAAUUCAAUAAAUAGAAA